UGAGCGCUCACCGAAGUGCUUGCGUUAUUAAAUUGACCUUAUUUACACAAUCCGAUCCUCAGAGAGAGGUCAACAAACCCUUCCCGCAUUAAUAAUCAUCAGUUCGAUUGAGUGUUUAGUUGGAUUUGUUUGUUUUUAUGGCACAGUGACAAUUGUCAAGAUGCUCGAAGUUAAGAUAACAGAGGACAUUAGAAUAGGCGGUAAAAAUCCUUGCUUCAUUAUAGCUGAAGUUGGACAAAAUCACCAAGGUGACAUUGAAGUAGCGAAAAAAUUGAUCAAAGCAGCAAAGGACGCGGGGGCUAACUGCGUUAAAUUUCAAAAGACUUGUCUGAAUGAAAAAUUUACGAAAAAGUAUUUGGAGAAGCCUUACGAUAGCCCGAAUUCUUGGGGGAAAACUUACGGUGAACAUAAGAGACAUUUAGAAUUUUCGGAAAGUCAAUACAGAGAAUUGUUUAAAUAUGCUCAAGAGGUCGGAAUACUCUUCACAGCUUCAGCAAUGGACAUGGUAUCUUUCGACUUUCUGGUGAACAUAAAAGUGCCUUUCAUAAAAAUCGGAUCCGGUGACUCCAACAAUUUAUUAUUCUUGAAAUAUGCCGCAUCCAAAAAGAUCCCUCUUAUAAUAUCCACGGGUAUGGUGGACAAGCAGGCAGUGAAAACUAUAUACGACAUUAUUGCUGCUCAACACAAACAAUUCUGCUUGUUACAUUGUAUAUCAGCGUACCCUGUGCCCUUCGAGGACUGUAAUCUGACCGUCCUACAAGACUACAAGAACACUUUUGACAUCCCGGUCGGAUAUUCUGGUCAAGAAGUUGGCACCGCCGUUGCUUUAGGUGCAAUAGCACUGGGAGCUAAGGUCCUGGAGAAGCAUAUAACAUUAGACAAAGGUCUCCGGGGCACCGACCACGUGUGUUCUUUAACACCGACAGAGUUCCAACAGCUGGUGCGCGAUGUGCGAGUCAUUGAGGCCUCGCUUGGUACACCCAUUAAAAAAGUUGUUACUUCAGAAAUUCCUUGCAUCGAUAAAUUGCAAAAGUCGCUGGUGAUGGGAUGCACUAAAAAUAAAGGCGAGAUUCUUUAUCCGGGAGAUGUAAAGAUCAAAGUCGCUGAACCGAAAGGUCUGAACGCGUUGCACUUCGAGGACGUUAUAUAUAAAACACUUGUCUACGAUAAGAAGGAAGAUGAACCACUCAACGAGGGAGAUUUCUGUUGAUCUUUGAUAUAUGUUAAUAAUAUACGCGUACCUUCUAACUGUCUCAAAUCACAUUGUUAUAACAUAAGUCUGAUAUAACCGACACAAACUAAUCACAAUAUUACGAAUUAUUUUUGACUAAGUCUGAUUUUCACUUGUUUUAACAUUAUUAACAAAAUGGAGGCAAUCGAUGUUGAAUAGUGAUAAUAAAAAUAAUACUGUCCACGUUAAA